AUUUUCCAGGAUGCAGUGCGAGGCUACGCAGAUCACGUGAGUCUGUCAACAUGAGUGGGCUCUGCUGGCCAGGGAAGCAGUUGGAUGAACGCGAGCCGUGACUGCAAUUAUUCAUAUUCAAUUCUCGUAAACUAGCUAUUUUUUAACUUUCUUUAAAGCAACGAGGAAUCAGGGCACCGGACAACGCAGAAAAGGAAAUGUUAAGUUUGCUAGCCGAGUUAGCUUAAUAUAACUGAGUAGCUAGCUUGGGGUCUAGCUAGGUGUAGCAUCUGGAUUUCAUUUUUACUAUGGACGCUUGUCUCUCGCCUGAAUAUCACGUGUGGUUGACAUGCAUUGUACAACACAUAUAAAACAAGUAGCACCUGCCCUUUGUGUCUAGAGAAGCUGCAUGGCAGCUAUGACUGCAUGUAUGUGUGUAGCAUGAGUGUGCGCCUGGACGGGAAAAGAUGCCACCCUCUUUCACCGAGCACUGUCCGGCUUAUCCCAUCGAUUAGCUGACCGACACUUGCUGGAGAGGACUGGGAAGCUACCGUGUGUGAGAAGCUAUUAUCAAUUACUCUCGUGCUGCUCGUCUGUCCCAUGGCUGCUGUCGGCGGUGUGAACAUGCUCGGUCCUGCAGGGCUGCCGCCCGCCAUGUCCUUCACCAACACCUCGGUGUCCGACAGCCCGGCGCCGGGUACCGAUACUCGGGGCUGCGAGAAUGGAGCCCUAAUGGACUCGUUUGGGAUUUUCUUGCAAGGACUCCUGGCUAUGAUGGCUUUCAGCAUACUGAUGCUGAAACGCUUCAGGGAGCCAAAGCAUGAGAGGAGACCCUGGAGGAUCUGGUUCCUGGACACCUCGAAGCAGGCCAUUGGGAUGCUGUUUAUCCACUUUGCUAAUGUCUACUUGUCAGACCUCACGGAAGAGGAUCCUUGCUCACUAUACCUCAUUAACUUCCUGUUGGACGCUUCUCUGGGCAUGCUGCUGAUCUAUGCCGGGGUGAGAGCCGUCAGUGCUAUCGUAGAGUGGAGGCAGUGGGAGUCUCUGCGUUUUGGGGAAUACGGAGAGCCGGUGCAGUGCACAGCGUGGUUGGGCCAGUGCAUCCUCUACAUCCUCAUCAUGAUGUUUGAGAAAGUCCUCAUCAUGCUGGUCCUCCUCAUCCCUCAGUGGAAGAAGCUGGCUCUCCUCAACCCCAUACAGAACCCAGACCUGGAGCUGGCCAUCGUCAUGCUCAUCGUUCCGUUCUUCGUCAACGCCCUCAUGUUCUGGGUGGUAGAUAAUUUCCUCAUGAAGAAGCACAGGACAAAAGCAAAGCUGGAGGAGAGAGAGGAGGACUCGCGGGGGAACAGCAAGGUGCGCUACAGACGAGCUCUGUCCCAUGACGACUCCGAGUCCGAGAUCCUUUUCUCAGCAGACGAUGAAAUGGACGAGUCGGACGAAGACGAUAUUCGCCGGCUCACCGGCAUGAAGACGGUGAAGAAGAAGAAGCUUCGCAUGGGGAUCCCUGUUUGACCCGUGACCACAGGGUCAGAUUUCCUCUGGUAGCUGCUCACCUCGCAUAUACACUCCCCUUCCCUCCACAGAUGCCCUUCGACGACAGAAGAAAGUACUGUAACUGAAUUCCCUUUACGGUGACUCCUGGAGGACGGCCAACCUGGGAUUUCAUUUGACUCACUGGGAGACAUUCGUUCAAUUCGCCGGGUUCUUCGGAUCCCUGUUGCAUUUUGACAUGGCACAUCUGGGAGUUUCGGAAAAGGAAUCCACCAUGAACAACUGAAAUAUCGUUGAGUCCUUAAUGUACGUGUAAUAGGAAACCGGUAACACUGGUUUAAUAAGUUUUGGACUUCAGUGUGUGUGGUUGUGACAGUAAAAGGCCACAAGGAACAUCAUGCAAAGAAACUGUCCUAUGGGUUUGUUACCUUUGGUAUUCAAACGUUUCCAUUAAGGUGAUUGUAUUCCUGAUGUUUAUGUAAAUGUUUUUUCACAUAGAUGUACCACCAUGGCCGUGUGUGUGUGUGUGUGUAUGUGCAGGGCUGUCCCUGGCCAACAUGAGGCCCCACGCAAAGUUAUAUGAUGAGGCCCUCUGUUUCGCGAGCGUCGACGGGGGACGGGGGGUGCUAGUGGAGCCUUGCAGCGGCGAAACCGUGCCGCGCCACACUCAUUUCGGCUCAGUUGAGGCACCCUCCGCAAGGUGAGGCCCCAGUCUGCAUGGUCGCCCUGUAGGGAGGUGUGUGUGUGUGUGUGUGUGUGUGUGUGUGUGUGUGUGUGUGUGUGUGUGUGUGUGUGUGUGUGUGUGUGUGUGUGUGUGUGUGUGUGUGU